ACAAGAACAGUUGAAACUUUCACAAUUUUUCGUGAUAGUGAGAAUAUUACUUCUUGUAAUUUAAUUUUUUCGUUAAAUGAUCAAGCGACAAUUAGUGAUGGGCAAUUUGUGGAUUUCUUCAAGGAUGCGCAUUACGCGAGUGAUAUGU